AUGCAGAGCUAUUCAUUUGCAGCACCAGUCGGUGCUCCCAGAGAAGGGCAGAAAAAUUAUGUUUUUGUCGAUGAACAUAACCGGCACAAACGACUUAAAGUGAUGCGAGCCUGCAAUGGCUGCAGGAAGCGGAAAAUUAAGUGUGAUGCUGCGACAACCAAUACGUGGCCCUGCUCAGCUUGUACUCGCCUAAAACUUGUAUGCGUUCCUCCUACAAUUGGACAAGAGAAUGAAUAUUCCUCUGGACAAAGUAUCGAGCCAAGCUCUGCAGGUUCUUUACCGGCAUCUAAUGCGCCAGAGCCUUCGGUUUCCUCCUACGCGAUUUCGCAGGCCUUCAGAGAGGACGGUCAACCUACCGUAGGGCAUAUGACUUCUUAUCAUGAUGAACUCGGUGUCUAUACACAAUUUGCUCAGCCGGCUUCAAGUCAGUCCGGUGCUUACGACCUACGGUCAUCGCAUGUUCCUGUACCGCAUCAUGCUUUUCAGCAGUCGCAGGGGUUCACGGGUGACCAUACGCAGACUCUAGGCGCUGCGGAGAGGGAUGUUUUCAACGAACAUGACCCCUCAACAGCAGAGAAUCUGAGUGAAGUUCUUGGCGAGCUUAGGAUAGACGAGACGGGCAUCGCGCCAUAUAUAAGGCAGCAAAGAAAAGAGAGGGCCGAACCAGAAAUCCCAACCCAGGAUGACGCGGAUGAAAAGCUCCCUCCUUUAAGCACUGGUGCCGGUUCCACCAUACGUAUUCCACCUGAGCUUAUGCCGUCGGAUGAUGAGGUCAUGAAGUACUUCAAGAUUUACUUUGAUGAUAUACACCCCUACGUUCCGGUCGUGCAUAGGUCUCAUCUCUACUUCCAAUGGCAACAUGAACGGAGCUCUAUCUCUCCGCUAUUACUUGAAGCAAUGUUUGCAUGCGCUGGAAGGUUGUCUGACGAUCCUGCUCAGGGAGCUCAGUGGCUAGCAUUAGCAAAUAGACAUGAAUCCAGCUUCAUGGAUGAGCCACGUCUGAGCACGAUUCAGGCCUUACUCUUGCUUCUCAAGGCUCGGGAAUCUAGGCCAAAAAAGGGCUAUUACUACCGUUCUUGGCAAACAGUCAAGACCAUAGUCUCCAUGGCCAAAGACCUGGAUAUACAUGAGCACAAAAAUAUUCAUGCAGAGGAACGAUCCUGUGAUUUAAAUCCUGUUGAGUGCUUGGUGCAAACAAGGGUAUGGCAAGCUCUACUAGUUGUAGAGGUGAUGAUAGGCGCUCCUCAGGGUCGCUCGGACUAUGGUGUUGAUCCAAGCACUGUGAACAUGAGUCCCACGCUGGAUAUUAGAGGCCUUGAUCAAUUUGAGAUCGACCGAUCUAGGCAGUAUGCCUAUUUUGUCAAGAACGCAUCCCAUAUUCGCACCAUCGCGGACAUCUAUCAUAAGAUCAAGAAGCAGAAGGAUUGGGGGGCGAACCCCAAAUUCGUUGAGAAAAAUCCGCUCUUCACUGAUUGGCUUCAGAGUCUGCCUGCUGAUCUACAAGUGAAUUAUCCGCCCGACGGUUCGCCGCCUUGGAUUCCUUCUCAUUUUGUUGGGAAUAUGCAUUCUCACUGUCAUCUUGGGAUUAUUUUGCUGCAUCGACCACAGCUAUUAGCAUCGAAAUCCUUCACUGCCGGAGGAGGCUGGAAGAUGCACAUGGCAUUGUGCUAUUCAUCUGCCAAAUACUUAUGUAGACUACAGGAAUCUAUUCUCAACCGCUUUGGCCUAUCUGGCCUUCUUUUCAUGCAGAGGGGUAUCAACUUCACAAUUUACACUGUCUUGACCUGCACAAUGCUACAUCUCGUUGCUAUAACUUCACCAGAUCCGAACUUCCAUACGGACGCCAGGGAGUAUUUCACGCGACACAUGCGGAUACUUGAGCGAUGCUCAACUGCUUGGCCCAUGCCAGAAUUACAAGCUCAAAUCGAUUCACUGCGUUUCGCAUUUUCCGCUGACGUUAACCGACCCUUCGAAUUGAAACCAACUUUCCCAUAUGGCAGUCCCUCAGAACCAUAUCAUCCGAGCCCGCCGUUGGAUUCAAGUUAUGGUACCCAGUUGAACCAGGCGUCCAAUUUUCCUAGUAGAGUGGGUCAUGCAGCAUAUCAGGUUACCCCUCCAAUAACUACUAGUACUGAAGAGUCAAAGUCCGAUUCGUCACACCUUCAGCCGUUGGGUUUAAUUCCAUCCCAGUCAAUUCCGACCCAUACUAUAGAUGCGCCUCUGGUCGAUGAGAGUAGCUGGGACCCUACUCGCAUCAUCAACCAAUGGGAUAUGGCAUUCUCUAUCGGACCUCCCACUGUCAACGCUAAUUCACCACCCAUGGCCAUGAGCAAUCCUUCACAGGUAAUACAGUCAUCUAUCGCAGGUUCCUUUCCUGUCCAUUAUGCACAGCCGGCCACAAAGAUUACUCCAAUCGCCUCCUCCCAGUCGCUCCCACAAUCCCAUUUCACGGGGCAACAAGUGCUUUUUACUGCACGUGACUGGCAACAGAGCGUUGCUAGUGUGUACGAUCCUAAUGGCUUGAAACGACGAUGGAACUAUCCUGUCGACAUGGGCACCGAGGAAGUCUCUAAACGACAACAUUCAUGA